AUGGAUCCAGAUGUGACAGAGGUGGCAGAUGCACUCGCAAACAAUAUGCCGUUUGGGGAGCCUUCAUUCAUGCGAGUUCUGGACUUGGAAGCCAUGCAUGUUCCGGAGUUUCCGGAAUAUAUGACUGCAGAAGUUCCUAUUGUCGCAGAUGGUGAAUUUGCUGUUGGGAUGGAGUUUAGUUCCCGGGAAGCUGUUAUUAAGGCAAUAAAAGAGUAUACCAUACGACGAAGCGUAGACUACCGGGUGUAUGAGUCUGAGCCUUUGACAUUUUAUGCCAAGUGUACACAGUAUGGAUCAGGAGCCACCAUUUCACAGGAUCAUUCGAAGCUGGACUCCAUCACAAUUGCAGAAGCAAUAAAGCCAUUGGUUGAGGCUGACCCCUCCUUAAAGGUAAAAUCGGUUAUAGCAGAAGUGCAAUCGAAGUUCAACUAUACUGUUAGUUAUCGGAAAGCAUGGUUGGCUAAGCAAAGGGCAGUAGAAAAAAUAUUUGGAGGUUGGGAGGCAUCGUACGAAGCGUUGCCUAUAUGGUUUGAGGCCAUGUGUCAUAAGGAGCCAUCAGCUGUUGUCCAUUUUGAGACUAUGCCUGCAUACCAAGGCGAUGACUUAGUUGGUCAUAUUCGGGUACUGCAUAGAGUAUUUUGGAGUUAUUACCCCUGUAUCAGGGCAUUUAGACAUUGUAAGCCAGUUGUCCAGGUGGACGGGACUCACUUGUACGAAAAGUAUAAGGGUUGUCUCCUAGUCGCAGUUUCACAGGAUGGCAACAACAAUAUUGUCCCAAUUGCGUUUGCUAUUGUCGAGGGAGAGACUUCUGAUGCAUGGCACUUUUUCCUUAGUAACUUGCGUCAACAUGUUGUCACUCGGGAUGGUGUGGGACUAAUAUCCGACCGACACGAAUCCAUCAAUGCAGCUGUGGAACGGAGUAACGGAGCCUGGUCACCUCCUAGAGCUUUUCAUAUGUUCUGCAUCAGGCAUAUAGAGUCGAAUUUUCUGUGGAAAUUCAAGGCACCGUACCUCCAAAAAUUGGUCGUCAACAUAGGAUAUUCCAGGACGGUGCGGGAGUAUGAAGUGCGUUACCAGCGAUUACGGGAACGGGGGGAAGCGUAUACCAACUGGUUAAACCGAAUUCCUCGCGAACAGUACACAUUGGCAUUUGAUGGUGGAUACCGAUGGGGUCACAUGACAACGAAUCUAGUGGAAUGCAUCAAUUUAGUGUUGAAGGGUGCACGCAAUCUUCCUAUUACUGCUCUUGUCAAGGCAACAUUCUACAGGCUAAACGAGCUUUUCACCAGAAAAAUAGCAGAGGCAGAAGCGCGGAUUAAUGCUGGCCAUGUGUUCUCCGAAGUCGUGACCUCGAAGUUGCAUGCAAACCAACUUGCAUCAGGAAACAUACAGGUCAGUUGCUUUGACCGGCAGAAUGAGGUCUUCGAGGUGCGUGAGAUGCCAAACGGACUGGAGUUUGCAGUCGAUCUACGCGGCCUUCGAUGUGACUGUGGUGAGUUCCAGGUGGACCGGAUCCCCUGCAGACAUGUGUUCGCAUGUUGCGCAAACCAGCGACUGGAUUGGAAACUAUAUGUGCAUGAUGUGUAUAAGAUGAACCAAGUUCGGCGGGUGUACCGAGCAAGAUUUAGGCCACUAGGUAACCCGACGACAUGGCCUGCGUACAACGGUCCUCGCUACGUACCGAAUCCGUAUCUGAGACGUGUCUCGAAAGGGCGCCCCAGGAUGACGCGCUUCUUGAAUGAGAUGGACACGCGAAUGUUAUGUCGUCCUAGGCGAUGUACGCUAUGUGGAGCUGAGGGACACAGUCGUAGUAGAUGCCGUCAGUCAGCUGGUAGAACUGCCGACGGAGAUGCUCAGUAG